AUGUCAGACACCUACUGGCUGGUGCUGCUCGGCCGCACCACACCGAGCAACUUGCUUGACCGUGUCGGUUUGGGUAUGAAGAUGUUGGCCACGGAUUGGGCCAAGUCCGCGCCGCAGGACUCCGCCGCGGAUCUCUUCCGCCCCGUGGGGCUGAUCUCUGUAAGGCCUGCUGCCACGGGCUGGUGCCAGGUGCGGGACCAGGAGUUGAGGCUCCGGAGAGUGGCUUCAGAGGCCUGGCUGAAGGCGGAGAGUCUUCGACAGGUGGGCGCGUGGGCAGAGGACGAGGAUGCCGCAUUUUGGCUGGACCCUGGCAUCUUGCCGGUGCUCAGCCCCGCGGCCCCUCGCACUUUGGCGCCUCCCGCAGAUUCGCCAGAGUCGUCGGUGCUGGGGUCGUUGGGCCCGAAGCUGUCGGAGGAAGUCUUGGUGAAGUUGCAGCAGGACGGCUUCGUAAUUGUAGACAAUGCCCUGCCCGACACCCUGUGCGCCAUGCUGCGCGGCGAAAUGGACGAGUUGCUGGAAAAAGGCCAGAUGUGGCAGAGCCAGUCCUAUUCGCAGGACGAGGGUGCCGCGCACCACGACAUUUUCGAGACCUCCCUAGACUUCCGCCAAGUCCGGGACACAGCGCCCACCUUCGACCGAAUGGAAACGGAUCAAGGCUUGCUGCAGGCCUUGCGGCGGAUACCAGCGCUGAGCGAACUGUCCAUGCAACAUGUGAGGCUGCAAAUCAACCUGGGCAAUGGCGGGUGCUACACCAUGCACACAGAUUCCGGCGUACUGGCAGAGGACUCCACACAGGUCUUACUUGCCACGGCGCUGUUCUACCUGAACGAUGGCUGGGAGGAAGACCACGGAGGAGAGCUGCGUUUGUACCCUUUCCCGCUGCCGCCGAAGAGGAUCGCUCCACGAAAUGGCCGCGUGGUGCUGUUCCACCCUCGGAUGGUCCACGAGGUGCUUCCCAACUUCCGGAAGCGCUACUGCUUCACCCUUUGGUGCGCAGGAGCGCCCGUCAAUAGCCCCACCGAAGAUGUGGACAGCAUGACCACGUUCGCGGCUGCGGCCGCCGCAUGCGAAGCCGGCGCCGCUUUGCCAAACGCAGCGGCAAGCGCCGUGCCGCUGCCGCUGCGGUGCCUUUUUCUGCCCGAGCUCCGGCCGCUGCUGGUGCGGUACGUCUUCCGGGAUUGCGAGCUGCAGUCAGCAGUACGAUCACACGUGGGCCCUGAACGGGAGCAGAUGCUGGAAGGGAUCCACUGGUACCACCAGCAGAUGCGCGACAACAACCCUGACUGGUUCCGAUCCAUGCUGGAGCUACUGCCGGCGGCGGCCGCAGACGCUGCUGAGGAAAUCCCCGUGGGCCCGAAGCAACUUGCGUGGCUGAUGGCGCAGCACUGCCACUGGUGGGAAACGCCCGGAGUCAAGGGCAGAACCUCAAGUGCCGCAGCAGAAACCAUGUUCGACCAGCAUGCCUAUAAUGGGGAUAUUUUGUGCUUUGGGGCCUCGAGCCUGCUGCCCUUCACAGGAGGAGCUAUGAUGCGAACUGUGGUGUCUCUCAUCGGCGAACACGUCCAGGAUUUGAUGUCCCCACAGGCUGUGGCAGAAGCCACAAGCCUGGUGCUGCAACAGAUCUCGGAAGAGGCGGUGACGGAUGGAAGCUGCCACAGCUAUGCCUGCAGCGACGGAUGGGUGCCCAAGGCCAACCAUGGCGAUGUACCAGGAUCCAGCGACACGGAAUGCUGUCAAAGGACCUGCAAGUUGUUCACUUGCGGCAGUGGCUUUGUUGCCAACGUGGCCUAUGCGAACAACGUCGGUGCUUCCUCACAGCAGUGUUGCGACAAGACCUGCGCGGGCAUGCAAUGCCCAGUUGGUCAACAUGUGGCCCCCAAGAUGCUCAACGUGGCCGGCACCACUCCGGAGGACUGCUGUGCCGAGACCUGCGAGUCGGUGGUCUGCGAACCGAACUACGCCAAGAUCGCGGCGCGGAAGGAGGAGGUCCACCCGCCGGGCCAGUCGCAAAGCUUCUGCUGCGAAGCCACCUGCGGGCUGCACACCUGCGACGCCGCGCGGAGCUUGGCGCAGGAUCCCAAGAGCCUGCAGCUCACGGAGCCCUCGGACGCCAAGUGCUGCAAGAGCACCUGCGGCGCCUUCAGCUGCCCCGCCGGGGCCAAGGUGCCGGCCUCCAAGGAACGCAAGGUGGGCAGCAGCCCAGCCGAGUGCUGCGACACUUUGUGCGGGGGCUACAGCUGUGGGAAGGGCUAUCAGGCAGACCCUUUGAAGGCGGCGCGGUUUGGCAACACUGAUGAGGUCUGCUGCCGGCGGACCUGCGCCAUCUACCAGUGUAACGUGGGCUGGGCCCCGAAGAAGAACGUCGAGAACUUCGUGGACGUGGGUGAUGAGAUCUGCUGCCAGAAGAAGUGCGUGCAGUACCAGGAGAAGUGCACCGGCGACUUUGCUCCGAACCCCGAUGCAAAUGAGACCAUCGGCGACACAGCAGAUGUGUGCUGCAGUGGCACUUGCGCCCUGCACAGCUGUGGCAGCGGCGUGCUCAUCCCGGAGCCACAGGUGACGGUGGGCGCUAUAGACGAGCUUUGCUGCGAGGAUGCUCUUUGCGCGGACUACCGCGGCAAGUCCCUCGUGGAUGGGUGCAAUGCGCUUGACAAGGAGAAAUGCGCUGCCAGUAAGGUGGAGCUGCUCAACACCCGCACCAACAAGACAGAUGUCCUUGCCUGCGCCUGGGGAGAUCUGGACAUUUGCCAGGUAGGCCGCCCAAAAACGGCUCGGCUGGAAGGCCCCAGCUUUGGACACCUCGGGCCCCGUCAAGCGCAGCCCGCCAGUUGUGUGUGA